UUCGGCUGCGGCGGCGCGACCAAACAAGCGAGCGAUGCAGGCGCUGGCACGGACGGCGCGGCGGCUCUGGCCGGCAGCGGCGGCCGCCACGGGGAGGGGACACUACGGGCAGGUGCAGCCGUCGCGGGGGAUCAUGGUGCAGGUGAGGGACGGCAACCUGGAGCGCGCGCUCCAGGUGAUGGAGCGCAAGAUGCGGUCCAGCGGCAUCGAGCGGCUGAUCAAGCGCCGGACGGAGCACCACGUCAAGAACUCCGAGAAGCGCGUGCUCGCCCACAAGGCGCUCAUGGCGCGCGUCCGCUCCCAGGAGCUCGGCAAGAAGCUCCGCGAGAUCCUCAUCAAGAAGAUCAGGGGUCAGUGAGAGCAUAUCUCAGUGCGCUGCAUUUUUCAGCAACACUCAUUGUACUACAGGAAAGUUACUAGCAGUAAUUCUACAUGGGUGCUCCAUGUUGAACAUGUAAUCAAUCUCCAAGUUGGAAUUUAGUAAUUUAACCGCUGGUUGCCCAACUAUGCAUAUGUUUUAGAGCAGCUUGCUAAUAACUCAACAUCGUGGCAAGAAUCUUUUCCUGUAUUGUAUCAUGGACAAGUGGAUCAUAAGUUGUUGAGAAUUUUUUUGGUACUUAGUAAUUAGUACUUUGUUUCU